AUGGAUCAGGUCGUUCUUGAAGCCCUCCGAGAAGACAACAAAAGAAAGGUGAAUGCAAGGAUGGCCGCAAUAGGCAAAGCUGAGACUGCUGCCGGCAUUCCAACCAAAGCGGUCUCUACAGCCUCCGUCUUCAGUCUUUCUCGCGAGCCUUCUCGCCCCGCGGUGGUGCCAGAGAUGCAGAGUUGGGAUUGGGCGUGGACUCCGGUAUGGCCAGAAGGACGCAUCCACCUCCCCAUUCUCAACCCUGACAGCCAGAUUCGCUUGGCAUGGGAUGUUGCAGGCCUCGCCUUCAUAUGCUAUGAGACCUACGCUCUGCCUGUCUACUUGGCCUUUGACUUUCAGUUUGUCGGGGUCUUCUUCGCUUUGGCCGCCGCGCUGGAUGCGUACUUCAUCCUCGACAUCUUCAUGUCCUACAUAACAGCGAUCAGAACUCCAUCAGGAAGCUUGAUUGCAGAGCCGAAGCAGAUCGCCAAGAUCUACAGCCGGCGCUGGCUCCUCCUGGACGUGCUGGCAGGAAUCCCAUGGGAGCUGGUGAAUAGCAAGGUGCCUUGGGACGUCCAGUCGGCUCAGCUUUUCAAGAUGUUGCGGCUGGUGCGCGUGAUGCGCCUGCUGCGAUUCCUUCGCGUGGACAUCUUCAAUGAGAGUGUGAAGAUGUACAUUGAAAUUCGGCCAACCCUGAUGUUUGCCAGCGGGAUUUUGCGGCUCCUCUUCAUUUUGUGUGCAGUGACGCACUGGGCAGCCUGCGCCUGGUUCUGCAUUGGGAGCAGAACUGGCAUUGGGCAGACAUGGGUGACGAAGCACCUUCCGUUGGACUUUUCAGUGUCGGAGGGCUAUGUUUACUCGCUGUACUACACAUUGACGACGAUGACAACCGUUGGAUACGGUGACAUCACCCCUGUAAACCUCGGGGAGAUUUGCUUCUCGCUCUUGCUCCUCCUUAUCGCAACUGUGGUAUUCGCCACGGUGAUGGGGUAUCUGACUGACAUGAUCGCCAACGUGAACUCUGAGCGAAAUCAGCAAGCCGAGAAGAUCUUGAUGCUGAGCAACUACAUGACGUGGCGAAACAUCCCUCCGCAUUUGUACAAGGCCAUCCGGCGGCACCUCUUGCACUUGUGGGAAACCAACAAGGGAUACGACUCUUAUGAGGGUCAGCUGCAGGAUCAUCUAACACCAGUGCUCCGAAGGGAGCUGCGCUUUCACAUCUUCGGUCGGGUCCUGCGCAAUGCGCCUUUCUUGGCCUUCCUGCGCGACUUUGAGGUCUGCCUCAAAGAGCUGGCGACGAAAGUCUCGAUACGCAUGCUUUCACGAGGUGACCACAUCGUCCGCAUCGGAGAAGCAAGCGACAGGAUCUUCAUUCUGGUGCAAGGCAAAGUGCGCAUCUCCUUGAAUGAAAGCCUCUGGACAAAUCCCGCUUCGGAGGAGCUGAUGGACGAGAUCUGGUCGACCUAUGCAGCGAAACGGCGGGGAGCAAAGGACGCAAGUGGAGAAGUGUUCCUGGAAGGCCUCCAUACUGCGAUGAUGCACCGCAAGCGCCAAAAGGCGAUUGAUGCGGCCGUGAACCAGAGUUCCUAUGCCAGCGCCUUCAAAACUGUGGAUGCAACCCACAGCCUCUUUUCCGCCAAGACCUUCGUCAGGGCCGAGGAGCAGCUGCUGGUGCAGGACUGCCGCCAGCGCCGAGCUGCUCGCUUCAUCCAAACACGCUGGCGCCAGAAGCUGAGGGCAAGGAGGACCAGGCUAACAUCACAACCGAUUGUCUGCAGCAUGAGCAUCGAGGCGCCAGCAUAUUUUGGAGAAUCCUGCCUCUGUGAUCCUGUGGAAAAGUGGGAUGAGAAGCCUCCGCAAUGCAUGUAUAGUGCAAGGUGUGAGAUGCGAUCGGAGGUGAUGUGCAUUCUUCGAUCAGAUAUCGGCGCUCUGAUCAAAGAAUUCUCUCCUUGGAUGGGAGAGCGAUUUGAAGUCUUUCGGGAGGAGGUCGUCCAGAAUCUUACGGACGCUGCAAGGGUUCGCAUGCGCCAGAGCCCCUCCUGCUCGAAGCUCUCGGAGUUGGACCAGGACCUCACCAGCGCGUCUACGGCAUCGUCGGCCAAGGGCGAGCAGUCUCAUGAGCAGAGCGUGCUGGAGGAGAACGGAAUCUUCGCAGGUUGGUCUGGCUGGACGCAGUUGAGAAAGGAUGCCUCCGACCGAUCUUUGAGCACAUACUCAGAGAGGGCACCAUGUGAUGAACUUGCAGCGCUGAACUUCCAGAAGCAACGAGGCUGCAAUUCCUUGCGGCAGCCGCUGCUUCAUGAUAUUGUAUAA